AUGGCAACCCCAUCGCAGCCCCAGGACAUAACGGCGCCCAUAACACCAGCCCGCUUCGCCGCGGCGCUCAAGGACCUCUCGGCGGCCUCGCUCCACCUAAAAGUCCUCGAGAUCCGCAACAGCCUAGCGCACCUGGCGCACUCGAACGCGCAGCUGCGGCCCUUCGCCGAGGGGACCGUCGCCGCGCCCGGCGGGGUCCCCGGCGAGCCGGACGCCGACUGCGCCGACGCGAUCCGCGAGAACGAGGCCGUCAUCGCGCGCAUGCGCGUCCGCGUCGAGCUCGUCCGCGCGGAGGUCGAGGCCCGCGGGCUCAGCUGGCGCGAGUUCGAGGCCAAGGACGAGCUCGAGGACGACGAGCCCGGUGUCGCUGCCCCUACCCCCGCUCCUACUACGUCUGAGGUGCCCGCGGCGUCAUCGGCGGCGCCGCUUGCGAAUGGCGUGAAUGGCCAUGCUGAGGACGGUGCGGGAUCGGGCGCGAACGGCGCGGCGCCGUCGAGGGGUAACCCCUGGGAGGACGGCACGUUCCAGACGGGCGUCAUCAGGAACGGCGAGAUACACAUGGACGCUAUACCGAACAGGCAGGGAAGCAGCGCCGCGCCGCGACAGACAAACGGCCGCGGCGGCGGGAGGCUGACGGAUGAGGAGCUCCGUCGCAGGCUAGAGGAGCGGCUUGCCGAAGACAACGAUGACGAGGAUGGAGGCUUGCACCUGUGA